UAGAAAAAUGAAAUCCCGGGAAAGUCUCUCCAAAGCCCAGCCAUGUUCCUGAAACUUACAUCAGUUGAUUAGUACUUCACUCGGCAAAUAAUCAACAUAUCUUCCAUAGCUCAUGACUGCACUCAAAAAACGCAAACGACAAUAUCAGAUUCAGAUACUAACCCUCACUGACCAAAACCCAAGCAAAGAGAAGACCAGAAACCAAGCAAAAGAGCUUUCAAUUCCCCAUUUUUUCCCAAUUCCAAUCUCCUUCUUAAAAAUGGAUUACCUAAAAUCCGUCGUUCCUUCGCAGCUCAUCUUGGAACAAGGCUCCAAUUUAGUCGUAAUCAAUCCAGGUUCGGCGAAUGUCAGAAUUGGCCUUGCUUCGCAGGACGCCCCUUUCAAUAUCCCUCAUUGCAUUGCUCGUUAUACCACCCAAGUCCCCAAGAGAAACGUCCAAGAUCAGGUGCUCAAUUCUCAGAUCACUACAGUGCAGCAUAUGGAGAGAGAAAGGGCUUAUGAUGUUGCCGCGUCCUUGUUGAAGAUACCGUUCUUGGAUGAAAAGGUAGCCAACAAUGCCUUGCCGCGCAAGAUGGUGCGUGUUGAUGGAUUUAAUCCACAGAAUAGCAGGAAGGAGUCUGCAUUUGUGUGGACGGAUGUAUACGAGAAGAAUGCUGCUUCCUCUUCAGCGACAGAUACUUUGGUGUGUAAAGGUGUGGAUAAUGAAUCUGGGGGCCAACAUCAAGGUGCUGAUUCUCAAGAGCCUAGCUCCAAUGAACCUAAACUCAAACAAUCAAUUUACGGUGAGGAAGCCGUAAGAAUAUCCCCUGCGGAGCCCUAUUGCUUGCGCCGUCCUAUACGCAGGGGUCACCUCAAUAUUUCACAACAUUAUCCGAUGCAACAGGUACUCGAGGACUUGCAUGCUAUCUGGGACUGGAUUUUGAUAGAGAAAUUGCAUAUCCCUCUAUCAAAGAGAAUCAAGUAUGCUGCAAUUCUGGUUGUUCCGGAGACAUUUGAUAAUCGAGAGAUAAAAGAGAUGCUGUCUAUAGUCUUGCGAGACUUGCACUUUAGCUCAGCAGUAGUGCACCAGGAAGGUCUAGCUGCAGUUUUUGGGAAUGGGUUAUCCACCGCAUGUGUUGUAAACAUAGGUGCUCAAGUAGCAUCAGUUAUUUGUGUCGAGGAUGGAGUGGCUAUGCCUACUACUGAGAAGACUUUGCCUUUUGGUGGAGAGGAUAUAUCGAGAUGCCUUCUUUGGACUCAAAGGCACCAUCAGACAUGGCCACAGAUACGUACUGAUGUUUUGUCCAAACCUAUAGACCUCCUGAUGCUUAACAGGCUAAAAGAGUCGUAUUGUGAAAUUAAAGAGGGGGAACUUGAUGCUGUUGCUGUUGUUCAUUCUUACGAAGAUAAGAUGCCAGCAGGAUCUCAUAAGACAAGACUGACUGCUCUCAACGUUCCUCCAAUUGGUUUGUUCUACCCAAUGCUUUUGGUUCCAGAUGUUUAUCCUCCACCACCCCGCUCGUGGUUUCAUGACUAUGAGGACAUGCUGGAAGAUACAUGGCAAAUGGAUUUUCCCAGAAGAACUGAAAUGCCGGAUGGUCUAUUUCCUAACAGCUUUAAUGUUGGAUUUCCAAUGUGGGACAACUAUCCAGUUUUUGCGGCCAAACCAAAGAAAGAAGAGAAAGUUGGCCUUGCGGAAGCUAUCACAAGUAGCAUUCUUUCAACAGGUCGCAUUGAACUCCAAAGGAAAUUGUUUUGUAGCAUACAAUUGAUUGGUGGCGUGGCUCUGACCGCUGGUUUUGUUCCUGCUGUGGAGGAGAGGGUCUUGCAUGCAAUUCCUUCAAAUGAGGCCAUUGAUACUGUUGAGGUUUUGCAGUCUAGAACUAAUCCGACUUUUGUAUCGUGGAAAGGUGGAGCGAUUCUUGGAAUUCUCGACUUUGGUCGGGACGCGUGGAUACACAGAGAGGACUGGAUUCGCAACGGGAUUCACAUAGGAAGCGGCAGAAAGUACAAGGACUCUUAUUUCCUUCAAGCACAGGCUAUGUGUUACAUUAAUUCAUAAUUAAAAACUCUUUAUCACACCCAUAAUUUUCUUCCUUUGUAUUACUAUUAUGCAUGAAUAUGGUCAUAUUCUAAAAGGUUCUAUUCUCAA